UAUGUUCAACGUUCUGUGUUCUAAAUGGUCUGGGUGGUAGAAUUAAAGUCUGAGAGGUGGAAGGGGGUGACCGCGAUGUCCGAUGUUGUGGUGGUCCGAGUGAAAAUCAGGUCCAGAAUGUUGCCCACUCUGAGUCGGAGGACACUGGUUGAGGACAAGGUCAAAUGACAUCAACAGUGGAAGGAUGCAGGAGGAAUGUAGCUCGUCUGAUGGAAGUUUUUAAGUCACCAAGGAAAAUGAGUGGGUUUCCUUCAAUGAGGAAUUGACUCAGGAGGGCGUCAGGCUCAUCAAUGAAGUUAUCUAGGGAACCUGGAGGGCGGUAGAUGACAAUGAUGUUAAGUUUGCGGGAAAAGACAGUGUAAUAGCGUGAAAUUCAAAAGAAGAGAUUGAAAGAGUAGAGGAAAGGAAAGUGGAGCGAAACGCCACUUUUGAGACGAUGGUAAUCCAGUGCCGCCACCUGCUGAGAUACCUUGGAGAAUGUGUGAAUGAAGAGGCAGAGGACAGGGCAGCCGAGUUCCCAGGGGUGAUCCAUGUUUCUGAUGGAGCCAGGAAGUGGAGGGAGGCUAGUACUGAGAUGAAGUGAGCCUUCUGGACAGAAGAUUGGCAAUUCCAGAGCCCUCCUGCCAACACGGUCUGUGCACUAUUAGAGAUUCACAAUUGUGUUUAUUGUUAUUUGUAUUCCGAGUACAUUUGUUCAGUAUUGCACGAUACGCCUGUUAUAUGGCAAGAACAUAAAGUGGACUUUCAUGUCUAGUUAAAAUGCAGGCCUGUGAAGGAGUGAGAUGGGAAAUGGCCCACAGAACCAAUCAGCACAGAGGGCCAGAUGUGACACGAUUGGAGACUGCCCAGCCCUACACCCAAUCAGCACGGAGGGCCAGAUGUGACACGAUUGGAGACUGCCCAGCCCUACACCCAAUCAGCACGGAGGGCCAGAUGUGCACCUCUGUAAAUCACAACACCUCAUGUUUCAGGGUGAACUUCAGGGUGAAGCUUUGAAGACCUGUUCCUGGAUUAAGCCUUUGGUUCCAUCUUCUCACUUCAAACUCAGCUGAACCAAUACAAGACAAGAGCUGGCAUACUGCAUGCCACAAUCUGGCAUACGUGCACGGUCGGUUUCUGUGAUUCCCAGAUAAUCAAUCAGGAAUACUGUAUGUAAAUAUAAAGCUUUUUCCCUCAUUUUCCUCUGCAGUGUUGGUAUGGUGUUUUAGUCUUCAUGCUGUGAUAUUACUGAACAAGGGACAGUUCUGGCAUUUCCUGUUGAACUAGUCCUACUCUCUUUUUCCCUCCCAAAUCUUUUCAAUUCAAAAAUGUACAUAAUUUUGAAAUUUUAGCUUGGUCGUUAUAUUGGAGAACCAAUCAACAAGUGUACACUGGUGUUCUGUUUUUCUUUAUUCAAUGAACAAUAUUCUUUUAUACAAUUUCUGUAUAGUUAAACUUUGUUAGUACUAUACUAAUGUGUCUGAAUCUCUUACCUCAGAAUUUCUAUGAAGUUCUAGGAAAAACCUGGGUGAUCAGAAUUUCUUUUAGACAUUGAGAAAGCUGUUACUAUUUCUAUGGUUACUAUUUCUCAGUGAUACCAUCAUUGAUAUAAUGGCAAAGUCACUUGUCAUUGAUAAAUAGAAGAUCUUAUUACAGCAACGCUAUUCUAACCUGACAAAAAGCCAGUUAUCACUUUACAUAUCUGUUGGCUGAGCUUAUGAAAUGACCCUGCCCCUAAGAACUGUGACCAGAAUUAGCCAAUACUCAUGUAAAGUUUACAAAAAUUCUGUUCAGUUUUGGUAUUAGUUCUAAGUUUCAAUUCCUGCACAAGUACUGUUCAGUUUCGGUUGUAGCUCUAAGUUUCGAUUUUUGCACAAUGACUGUUGCAGUGGGCGGAGGGAGAGUCCAGGGUAUAAUAACGGAGUGACGCGACUCAGAGUAGUCCGUUGCAGAACUGUACUUCUUUGAACCAUACAAUAAAAUGGCAAAUCCUGAUCAUGACCAGGUGGAUUUCAAGGUGACGCGAAAUUCACGUUUCAUCACUGAAAUCUCAGUCGAGGGCCGGCACCUGAGCAUAGAUGACCUGAAAUUGGAAUUUCAGAAAGAUUGUACAAUAUGGAAUAAGCUAUGUGAGCUGGGCAGUACGAAUCAGGGGUCAAAAAUCUACAGCGAGAAACCAAGGAUGCUAGAUUACUUGAGUAAAACCAUUCAAAGCUAUCCGAAGCCAGUUGAAUUCCAUGUUGCAAAUGUAGCACAUGUCACUGAGAAAAAUGCAUUACUUGAGAUAUGGAAGUCAGAGAAAUUCAGGCCAAAUAACACCGAAUUCUCAUGGUGGGAUUUGAAAAUUACUGACGAGGAAAUUAAUUCUGCAGAAAAACGCUACUUAGAGACGAAUAAAGCAACAAGCUCAUAUGAAAGCCAGGAACCGUUUCUGAAAAAGUUCACCACAUCACCACUGUUCCAAACUCACGAAUCCCGCUAUGGCAAUUAUCGCUUUACGUUUCCACUGGCCGAGCUGCUGGAACGGUACAAAGAGCAGAACUGCGGAGGAAAGGAGCCAGUACUCAGAGUGUUUAAGACCAUCGCCUAUAGACAGGAGAUUGUGUACGCUGUGCUGAUUCACAGCCCCGAGUAUAACGAACAUUUUGGAGCGUUCCCAGCUCUUGAAGAUAGUAACUUUGUUGGUUACCGUGAUGGGAAAAUUAUCUGGAAAGCACAAGCUAUUUCAGAAACUCACAGGUAUCAGUUUUUAUCAGGGGAGCUCGAAUAUCUACCGUCCCAUGUGUUCUACGUAUGGGAUCAGGUUAGUGUAGUCUUUCACCUGCCAGUACAGGCUUCAGCUCACAUUAAGGUCACAAAAAAAAGACUCAUAAAUGCCCUUGAAAUUUGUACAAUUGCCAAAAUACAUCUAACAAGGAAUGGAACUAAGGCAGAGCCGGAGGCAUUGUUGAAAUGUUUGAAAAAGGAGGUAGAAGACAUGGAGGAAGUUGUGAGUGGUUCAGAAAAAGAACUGAAAGAGGAGAGUGAGACUAAACUCAUCUGACAUCAUCGCUGUGGCAACUACACCCGUUCUCCCACUUGGGUCCUGCAAGCUGCAAUCAUGUGCCUUGACCAGCGAAUCACUAGCUGUUUUAUUUUACCGUCACAAACGGCUAGUAAAUAUAUUUAGUGUUUAUUUUAAGUUAAAACGCCAGCAGCAGUAAGACUGAUGCCAAGGUAGGUCGAGCUGCUUAGCAUUAAAAGGAGCACAAAUGUGUGACCAAUGGAAAUAAAUGCAUGUUACUUAUAAAAUAUGCAAAUGUGCAAAAACCAUAUUCAGAUGUGGAUUUAUUGAAUUCAAAAUAUUAAUUCAUCAGGAUUCAAGUAUUUCUCUCACGUAUUAAUGAAUUAUUGAAUACAAUAACUCAGCCUAUGGUAGACUUUGGUGAAAAGGUUACAAAUCUAUGGCAGUAGCAGAACACACCCAUUAGAUUAUAUUUAUUACAAGUGCACAAAGGAUAUAGUCUGUGUUUAUAAUCAGGUGUCAGUGCAGUUUGUCUACAGCUAAUGCUUGAACUCUUACAACUAUUUUUAUGUUUUACUAUUUCUUUUGCAGCUGACUUGAUUUGGUGGUAGUUUUUAUAUGAAUUAUUUUUUUCUAUUAUUUUAACACUGAAUUCCUGGACAUUGUGAGAUCUAUAACACUAUACAAUUUAUUGAAACAAUUCUAUGUAAUUGUAUAAUCAUUCCUAGUUUGUGUCAAUUUUGCAUUAAGAUGUUUCAUGUUAUACUUUAAUUAUAACUGGACUGGGUGAUAUUUGAAAUAUUUGUAUAAUUCAAGUAUGGAAUAAUAAGGUAUAUUGUGUAAAAGCAAAUAUUUCUAUGUAAAAUGAAUCGAGCUUACCGCAUACAAACAAUAAACUCUGACC